CCAAUAUGGCGGACGUCACAAUUUUUGUCAAGUUCUUAAAAAUGUGAAAUAGAAAUUUAGAAAUAAAAAAUGGAUACACCAAAUGCUGCAUUUAGCCCCAGAAUGAAUGGCCAAAUGAAUGGCCAAGUUAAUGGCCACAGUGGACAGUUAAAUGGCCAAAGAGCAAAUGGGGCGCUACCGAGUGUGGAUCAAGAAAAACUGAAGGCAAGACUGUACUCAUUUGCACCAAAACAAGCACCUAUCAAUACAAGGGCUCUGAGAUUCAACAGGCCUACAAAUGCCCAGUUAAGGAAAGAAAACACACCUGUUGCUGCAAAGUUGGAACCUUUGCCUAGUCUUCAAAAAUAUCAAAUGGUGAAUCAGCCAGAAUUUAUCCAUAUGAAGGCUAAGGAAAAGAUGGAAGCUCAAGGGUUUUUCAAAAAAGAAGAACCACAGGCCAAGAAAAUGAAACGUGCCAGUUCAGUGGAACCAAUGGAUAGGCCAGCUUCAGCAUCACCACUGCCAGAACUACCAGAGGAGUUCAAACAGAAACAGGAGUCAAUGAGUGCUGCUAGCAGACAGAUCUCCCCAGUGCCACCCAAAGAACCAAAACCACCUUCUCCCAAAGGAAGACAUGUCCGUGCUUCUACUGUACCAGGACCCUCCAUUACCGCUAAAGGCACAACUCAUCUGGAGGGCAUUAAAGAUCCUUUACAGAUGAUUCAGCUUGUGAGAGAGAACCCUAAGAUUGGGUUCUUGUAUCUCAGUCCUGCAGUGCCAAAAUCUUCUGUGGACUAUCAUUACUUCAACUUGAAAGUUGUAAGCCAUGAGAACAUCAACAAAGAUGAUUACUGCACCAUCAGCAUCAAGGGAGUCACUAGAAUGCGUGAUGAUGAUGAAACUGAGCAUGUACCACUGGACAGAUGGGAACAGGAGUACAGAUAUUUCCGCAAACUGAUAAAGAUCAGUGUUUUUGCCAAAUUCCGCAAGUGGAAAGCAUUCAGUGUAUGGAGAAAGAAUGUGCGAACCAAAAAGCUCUCAGACUGCAAGAAAGCACUGAAUGAAAAUCUCUUCAUAGUAAACCCAUCUUUGUGCCCUGCCCUCCUGAAUGUCCGAGAGAUGUGCUACAGGAUCAGUGACAUGGGCUUGUGUAAAGUGGAAAAGGGACAUACAUACAGUCUACAUGAGUUCAGAGAGGCUCAGUUUGCUCAGUUGAAUGAGGUUGCUGACCGGUUGGCAGAGUUUAGAGAGCUGGUGAAGGAAGUGGUCAGAAGUGCUUGCAGGACAGCUUUGCUGGAGGCAGGCUUUACACCAGAUGAUUACUUCUAUGAUGGCUCAGAGAGUCCUGGACUGGGUGAUGCCCCAGGCACAGCUUCCAGCUUUCAGAUGCAGAGUAACUAUGACAUGGAUAUCUAUGGUGAGGCUCCAGACAAGAUGACAUACACUGAGCAGGCUAACAAGAGGUCCCACUGCAAGCGCUUGACCUGCUUCAUUCGCUUGGCAGACUACCUUAUUGUAAACACCAUGCAUGUGUUAGCAGUGAACUCAGUGUCUACCAUGCUGAACUACCUGACAGAACAAUUACAGAAUACCCCUGCCUUGGCCCAGAUACAGAGCAUUGUGGAUGAGAUUGAGAGCAAGAGUAAAGUGAAGAAAGGAGAUGAGGACGAAGAUGAUGAAGAUGUUAAAGCCAAGGAGAAGGCUAAAGAGGAGGAAGCUAAGGCCAAAGCAGCAGCUGCAGCAGAUGAUGAAGAGGAGGCCAACAAGCUCCCUCCACUGUUCAUCACUGAGUUCAUUUUGGAGCCAAAUCAGCUGAACUUCACCCCAGAUGAAGAUGAGUUCCAGGAAGGCAUUGCUGAGGUCAUCAAGAAGUUCCAGGAUGCUGUCCUCAGUGUCAUGAACCUAGUGCCUGAUACUUACUUUGAUGCUUUUACACGGCCCAUAAUUAAUGGCAAGUUUGAGGAGAAGUCAUGUGGAGAGGGUCCCAGCCUCAUCAGCAUGUUUGAAGAUGACAAGCAUCUGCAGAGUAUUAUACAGAAUAUAAGGGAGGCCUUAACAGCAGCCUUCAAUGCUGCCCACCAGUAUGCAGACUGCUUUGAACCUCACAGAGAGUUCUACAAGGUGAAUGAGAGCACUGACCUAGAGGCAGUCAGGCAGGCUGAGCAUGAUGUGGCCUUCUUUGCCGAGACACUGGAGCGCUACCACAAGCAGCACCUGAUGGCAGAGGCCAUUCCUGUAAAGAGACCCAUUGGCAUGUUGUUGGUAGAUGCCAUCCAGAUGAAGGACCUGCUCAUCCCAUCACCACUCAGAUGUCUGGAUGUGAUCAAUGACCUACUGCCUGUGCUGGCCAGGAGUGAGGUAGACAGGCUGAUAGCUGAGCUCCAAGAUGCUCAGUUCAAGCUGGAGAUGGCACCAACCAGCACCAUAGAAUAUGUGGACAGUCUCAACUUCCUGGAUGAAAUACAGGAGAGGAUUGAUCCCUUGGAGAAAGAAGCCUUCAUAGUGAAGGAAAUGUAUGAACUGAUAGACAUGUUCAAAGUGCCCACUCCUCCAGAGGACUUUGCUGUGUAUCAGACUCUCAAUCCCUCCGUAACCAAUGUUAGGAAUGCUAUAGACAAGUCCUUGGCAGAAAGAGAUGCCAAUGUGGACAAGUUCUGCACUCACCUGGACAAGGACAUAGCUGAGCUGGCCAAGGAGGUGAAAGAAGUAAAGCAGGAGGCACAGAAUCCAGAAAUUUUGGAUCCAAGAGCUGAUCAAACAAAGAUCAACAACUUGCUGAAGAAGAUGUCUGUACGUUUGGAAGACUUACAGAAGAGAGCUUUCACAUACAAGUCAUAUCAGAAGAACUUUAAGGUGGAGGUGACCAAGUUUGAUGCCCUUGAGGAGACAGCAGCUGAGAUGAAACUGAAGAACAUGUUGUGGACAUCACUGGAUGAGUGGGAUGGACUGUUGAAGAACUGGACAGAGGCUCCCUUGGAUACACUGGACCCAGAGCAGUUAACUGCCAUUGUGGCCAAGUAUGGUAAAGCUGUCCAGCAGCUGGAGAAGGGUCUGCCACCUAAUGGGGUGGUGCCUACUCUGAAGGAGAGGGUAGAAAGCAUGAGAGAUAAGAUGCCUAUGAUAACAGACCUCAGAAACCCCAGCAUAAAGCCCCGUCACUGGGAGAAUAUUUACAAUAUAAUUGGGUAUACCUUCACCCCUGAGGACCCUAUGACUCUUGGUAAACUGGUGGAGCUGGAGGCUUUCCAGCACACUGAGGCUGUACAGGAGAUCUCAGGCCAGGCCAGCUCAGAAGCCAGCUUGGAGAGUAUCCUUAAAAAGGUUGAAGAUGCCUGGAAGUCCACAGAGUUCCCAGUUCUCCCACACAAGGACUCCAAGGAUGUGUUCAUUCUGGGAGGCACAGAUGAGAUCCAGGUGUUGCUGGAUGACAGUAAUAUCAAUAUCCAGACUAUAGCCAGCUCCAGGCAUGUGGGCCCCAUCAAACCAAAGGUGGAUGACUGGCUCAAACAGCUGGAUCUCUUCGGAAAGACUCUGGAUGAGUGGUUGAACAGUCAGAGAAACUGGCUGUACCUGGAAAGUAUCUUCAGUGCUCCAGACAUCCAGAGACAGCUGCCAGCUGAGUCCAAGAUGUUCAUGCAGGUAGACAAGUCAUACAAGGACAUCAUGAGGAAAGUAAACAAAGUCCCCCUGGCCAUGAGAGCUGCAACUCAACCAGGGUUGCUUGAGACCUUCCAGAACAAUAAUGCCUUGUUGGACCAGAUUCAAAAAUGUCUGGAAGCUUACUUAGAGUCAAAGAGAAAUAUCUUCCCAAGAUUCUACUUUUUGUCCAAUGAUGAGCUCCUUGAGAUCUUGGCCCAGACACGUAACCCACUGGCAGUACAGCCUCACUUGAGGAAGUGCUUUGAUGCCAUCUCUAAGCUGGAGUUUGCUGUGCAGUCAUCUGGGGAUGGCAAAAAUACACCUGACAAAGAUCAUGAUGGGCAGGGAGAGGCAGAGGUGCAGUUCACCAAUGACAUUCUGGCCAUGAUUUCACCUGAGGGAGAGAAAGUUGGACUUGGCAAGGGCCUGAAAGCUCGUGGAAAUGUUGAAGACUGGUUAGGCAAAGUGGAAGAAGCCAUGUUUAAUAAUUUGAGGAGAUUGGUCAAAGAGUCAAUUAAAGACUUCGAAGUGAGAACCAGAGAAGAGUGGGUGGCUUUGCAUGCAUCACAGGUGAUUCUGACCGUGUCCCAGAUGAUGUGGUGCACAGAUAUCACCAAUGUCCUCACCAGUGAUGAUGACAGGCUGGUAGGAAUGCAGAACUUUGAGAAGAAGAGUUUUGAUGACCUGAACAAACUUGCUGCCAUAGUGCGUCAAGAGAUCCCAAAGCUAGUGAGAGCCACUCUGUGUGCCCUGAUCACACUGGAUGUCCAUGCCAGAGAUAUGGUCACAGAGAUGGUCAAAGUCAAGGUUGACAGUGUAAACAGUUUUGAAUGGCAGAAGCAGCUGCGUUACUACUGGGACUAUGAGAUUGAUAACUGUGCAGUUCGCAUGUCCAACUCCCUGUACAUCUAUGGCUAUGAAUACCUUGGUGCAUCUCCCAGGCUUGUGAUCACACCACUCACUGAUCGUUGCUACUUGUGUUUGAUGGGUGCCCUGCAGUUGGAUCUUGGAGGAGCCCCCGCUGGUCCUGCUGGCACAGGCAAGACUGAGACCACCAAAGAUCUGGCCAAGUCUCUGGCCAAACAGUGCGUGGUGUUCAACUGCUCAGAUGGUCUGGACUACAAGAUGAUGGGACGUUUCUUCUCUGGCCUCGCCCAGUCUGGUGCCUGGUGUUGUUUUGAUGAGUUCAACCGUAUUGAUAUUGAGGUGUUGUCUGUGAUUGCACAGCAGCUCAUCACUAUCAGGAAUGCCAAAGCUGCUAAGGUUUCUCGCUUCAUGUUUGAGGGGCGUGAGAUCCGACUGAUCCCCACUUGUGCUGCCUUCAUCACCAUGAACCCUGGAUAUGCAGGGCGCACAGAGUUGCCAGACAACCUGAAAGCUCUGUUCAGACCCAUCGCUAUGAUGGUGCCUGAUUACCGUCUUAUUGCUGAAGUAAUCCUGUAUUCUGAGGGUUUUGAAGACUCCAAGAACCUUGCCCAGAAGAUGACCCAGAUGUACAAGCUGUGCAGUGAGCAGCUGUCCCAACAGGAUCACUAUGACUUUGGCAUGAGAGCUGUGAAGUCUGUGCUGGUAAUGGCAGGAGCCCUGAAGAGAGAGAAUCCAGAUAAGUCUGAAGACGUGGUACUGAUCAGAGCUCUCAGGGACAGUAACCUGCCCAAAUUCUUAGUGGAUGAUGCUGGACUUUUCCAGGCCAUUCUCCAAGAUUUGUUCCCUGGAGUGACAAUCCCAGAACAUGACUAUGGAAGAUUGCAGGAAGAAAUCCUCUCAGUGAUGGUUUCUAAGAAAUUGCAGCCAGAGAUGUGCAUUGUGAAGAAGGUGAUCCAGCUCUAUGAGACCAUGAUAGUGCGACACGGUGUCAUGUUGGUGGGACCAACAGGAGGUGGAAAAACUACCUCAUACGAGAUAUUGGCUGAUGUUCUGAAGAACCUUCAUGCAGAAGGGCUGAACAAAGACAACCCCUUCUUCCAGCCAGUGAAGACCUAUGUCCUGAACCCCAAGUCUAUAACUAUGGAGGAGUUGUAUGGUGGUAUUAACAAGCUCACCAUGGAGUGGCAUGAUGGACUCAUGGCUCUUACCGUCAGGACAGGAGUACAGGACACCUCAGAGGAUCAUCAGUGGGUGGUGUGUGAUGGCCCAGUGGAUGCUCUCUGGAUUGAGAACAUGAACACUGUAUUAGACGACAACAAGAUGUUGUGUCUGGCCAACAGUGAGAGGAUCAAACUGACUCCAUACAUGCACAUGGUGUUUGAGGUCCAAGAUUUAGCAGUUGCAUCACCAGCUACUGUCAGUCGUUGUGGUAUGGUGUAUGUUGACCCUGGAGAGUUAAGAUGGCUGCCCUAUGUUAAGACAUGGAUGGACAGUGUAAAGGAUCACUUCCGAGAAGAGACAGUAGAGUACCUCAUGGAGCUUUUCAACAAAUAUGUAGAUGAUGGACUGAAAUUUAUUCAAAAGAAAUGCACUCAGGCUAUCAACCAGGUGGAAAUCAGCAAAGUGACCAGCUUGUGUAAGCUAUUGGAGUCCCUGCUGUGUACUAGAGGAGGUCCUGACCUCAGACAGGACCCUGGCAAGCUUCAUCCUCUCAUUGCCACAAGCUUUGUGUUCAGCUAUCUCUGGUCCAUUGGUGGCAACAUCAUCGAUGCCAACUGGGAUGCUUUUGACACAUUCGUCAGGACACAGUUUGAGGACUGUGGGGAAGCCAAGUUGCCACAAAAUGGGGACCUGUGGAGUUCCUAUGUAGACUUUGAGACCCGUCGUAUGGACCUGUGGGAGCGUAUUGUUCCUGCCUUCAAGUACAACAAGGAAGUUCCAUUCUUUGAAAUGCUGGUCCCAACCGUGGAUACAGUCAGGUUUGGAUACCUGAUGGAAAAAAUGCUCAAAGUCAACCACUCUGUGCUUUUCACUGGCUCUACUGGUGUGGGCAAAUCUGUGAUUGCCAGAGGUCACAUGACCAAUAUAGCAGACAGACAGGGUUAUGUCCCCAUCUUCAUCAACUUCUCUGCCCAGACCAGUAGCAACAGAACACAGGAGAUGAUUGAAGGCAAACUGGAAAAGAAGAGGAAGACAAUUCUGGGUGCACCAAAAGAUAAACGUGUAGUAAUCUUUGUUGACGACUUGAACAUGCCAAAGCUGGACACAUAUGGCUCUCAGCCCCCCAUUGAACUGCUGCGCCAGUACCAGGACUUCCAUGGCUUCUAUGAGAGAGAAAAACUUUACUGGAUUCAAAUUCAGGACGUGAUAAUCUGUGCAGCGUGUGCACCACCAGGAGGAGGACGUAACCCUGUGACACCACGUUUCAUACGUCACUUCAGCAUGUUCACCAUUCCCACACCUGCUGAACACACACUCAAGCACAUGUUUAAGGCCAUUCUGACAGGAUUCUUGUCUGACUUCCCAGCAGCUGUGAAGCAGUGUGCUGAGGGUAUAGUAGGAGCUGCUGUGGAGAUCUAUAACCGUAUGAGUACUGAUCUCCUGCCUACACCAGCCAAGUCACACUACAUCUUCAACCUUAGGGACUUGUCCAAGUGUAUCCAGGGUAUUCUCCAAGCUGAUGUUGGUGUCAUUCGUGAUAACAACCAGAUCUUCAGACUGUUCUGUCAUGAGGCUAUGCGUGUCUUCCAUGACAGGUUGAUCAACAAUGAGGACAAGAGCUACUUCUAUACCAUUAUGGCUGAGAUGGCAUCAAAACAUUUUGGCCAGAAUGUGGACCCAGACUCUUUCACAACACAUCCCAUCAUCUUUGGAGACUUCAUAAAAGUUGGAGCAGAAAAAGCUGACAGAGUGUAUGAAGAGCUCAGUAACAUUGACAAGAUCCGCAGUGUGCUCACAGAUUAUUUAGAUGACUACAACAUGAGCAGCUCUAAGGAAAUGAAGCUGGUGUUUUUCUUGGAUGCCAUUGAACAUGUGUCAAGAAUUGCCCGUAUGAUUCGUCAGGAAAGAGGCAAUGCUUUGUUGGUAGGAGUGGGAGGCACUGGGAAACAGUCUCUGACAAGGUUGGCCUCCCACAUGUGUGGUUAUCAGUGCUUCCAAAUUGAGCUGUCCAGAGGCUACGGCUAUGAUGCAUUCCAUGAAGACUUGAAGAAAUUAUAUGAUCUGGCUGGCAGUCAAAACCAAGACACGGUGUUCUUGUUCACGGACACUCAGAUUGUUGUUGAAGAAUUCCUGGAGGACAUCAACAACAUCCUAAACUCUGGUGAAGUUCCCAACUUGUUUGAAUCAGAUGAAUUGGAAAGGUUGAUCAUUGCCUGUCGACCUGGAGCAAAGGAAGCUGGGAUACCUGAGGGCAACAGAGAUGCCAUCUAUGAAUUUGCUAUCAAUAGAGUCAGGAACAACCUUCACAUUGUAUUGUGUAUGAGUCCCGUGGGCAAUGCUUUCCGUUCUCGUUGCCGUAUGUUCCCAUCCCUGGUGAACUGCUGUACUAUAGAUUGGUUUAUUGAGUGGCCCAGGGAAGCUCUGCUUGGAGUGUCUAACUCAUUCUUUGCUAAUGUUGACCUUGGCAGAGAUGAUCUUAAGCAAAAAGUUGCUGAGAUGUGCUGUGAAAUCCACACCAGUGUGAGUGAAAUGUCUGAGAGGUUUUACACAGAGUUAAAGAGGCGCUACUACACCACACCUACCAGUUACCUGGAGCUUAUCAAUCUCUAUAUGAGCAUGCUGGGAGAAAAGAAAAAGCAACUGGUGACUGCUCGUGACCGUGUUAAGAAUGGUUUGAUCAAGAUUCUGGAGACCAAUGAACUGGUGGACAAAAUGCAGGUGGAACUGGUGGCUUUGGAGCCUGAGCUGAAGAAGAAAUCUGUGGAGACAGAUGCUCUCAUGGAGAGACUGGUGGUGGAUCAGGAGAAAGCUGAUGCUGUGAGAAAAGUAGUCAUGGAAGAUGAAGCUGUAGCCAAGGUGAAAGCUGAGGAGACUAAAGCCAUUGCUGAUGAUGCGCAGAAAGAUCUGGAUGAAGCUUUACCUGCACUUAGUGCAGCAACUAAAGCUUUGGAUGCUCUGGAUAAGAAUGACAUCUCUGAGGUGCGUGUGUUCACCAAGCCCCCAGAGCUGGUACAGACUGUCAUGGAAGCCGUGUGUAUUUUACUGGGACAGAAAACUGACUGGGCAUCUGCUAAAGCUGUUCUUGGUGACUCUCAGUUUUUAAAGAAAUUGGUCGACUAUGAUAAAGACAACAUUCCAGACUCCAUGUUGAAAAAAUUGAAGAAAUAUAUCGAAAAUCCCAAAUUCAAUCCAGAGACAGUUGAGAAAGUAUCAAAGGCCUGCAAAUCACUGUGUAUGUGGGUGAAUGCCAUGGAUUUGUAUGCCAGAGUCUACAGAACUGUGGAGCCUAAGAGACAAAAGCUAGCAGCUGCAGAGUCAGAACUAGAGGCAGUGAUGAGCACACUGAGGGAGAAACAGAGCAAGCUGGCAGCUGUGGAGGAGAAGAUUGCCACCCUGCAGAAAAGCUAUGAUGACAGCAUCAAUGAGAAGAGAACCCUGGAGAAGAAACUUGCCCAGACUGCAGGGCGCUUGAAGCGUGCAUCUAAGCUGACUACAGCUCUGGGAGAUGAGAAAGAUAGAUGGGAGAUGAAUGUUGCUGAUUUUGAGGUGCAGAUUGGCAAUGUGAUAGGUGAUGUAUUUGUGGCUGCAGCCUGUGUGGCAUACUAUGGCGCCUUCACUAGUGUCUACAGACAAGAACUGGUCUCUAGUUGGAUAGAACACUGCAAAUCACUGGACAUUCCUAUCACAGAUGGCAUGACACUAGCCAGUGUCCUUGCUGACCCCUUUGAAAUCCGACAAUGGAACACGGAUGGUUUGCCCAGAGAUCAGGUGUCCACUGAGAACGCCAUCUUAGUGACCCGUGGUAGAAGAUGGCCACUGAUGAUUGACCCCCAGGAGCAGGCAAACAGAUGGGUCAGGAAUAGAGAGGCCAGGAAUGGCCUGAAAGUGGUCAAGCUGACCGAUGGGACCUUCCUCAGAACCCUAGAGAACUGUAUCCGUAUUGGUAUGCCUGUGUUGAUGGAGGAUGUUGGAGAAACUUUGGAUCCUGCCUUGGAACCUGUUCUGCUGAAACAAACUUUCAUACAGGGAGGUCGUCUGCUUAUUCGCCUUGGAGACAGUGACAUUGAUUAUGACAGAAAUUUCCGCUUCUAUAUGACCACUAAGAUGUCCAAUCCUCUCUACUUGCCAGAGGUCUGCAUCAAGGUGACAAUCAUCAACUUUACUGUCACCAAAUCUGGACUUGAGGACCAGCUGCUGGGAGAGGUUGUGAGCUUGGAAAGACCAGACCUUGAGGAGCAGAGAAAUCAACUGAUUGUCAGAAUCAAUGCCGACAAGAACCAACUGAAACAAAUAGAAGACAGAAUUUUAAAGCUGCUCUUUGAGUCGGAGGGCAAUAUAUUAGACAAUGAGGAGUUGAUCAACACUCUUAAUGAGUCCAAGGUGACAUCUGGGGUGAUCACUCAGCGUCUGGCUGAGGCUGAGAAAACUGAGGAGAAAAUCACCAUUGCCAGAGAGAAAUACAGGAGUGUAGCCACCAGGGGCUCUGUCAUGUACUUUGUGGUGGCAGACAUGGGGGAGGUGGAUCCCAUGUACCAGUUUUCAUUGAAGUACUUCAAACAGCUCUUCAACAUGACCAUCCAAAACAGUGAGAAGAGUGAUGAUCUGAGUGUUAGGUUACAAAUUUUGCUGGACUCAACUACCAGGGUGGUCUAUGAAAAUGUGGCCAGAGGUUUAUUUGAGAAGGACAAACUGGUGUUUUCCUUCAUGUUGUGUGGAGAGAUCAUGCGUGAGAGAGGAGAGAUUACACCAGAGGAGUGGAACUUCUUUCUCAGAGGGGCAGCAGGAAUGGACAAGCAACGUCCACCAAAACCUGAUGUGGACUGGAUCCACCAAGGCACCUGGAACACCCUGUGUGACCUCAGUGACACUCUGCCAGUGUUCAGUGGUAUACAUAAUGAUAUCAUGGCCACACCUGUCUUUGUGGAGAUGGGAGAUCUCAGGGUGAGUUGUAAUCCUGACACUUGGCCCACCUAUGGCCCGCUGCCCCCAGAGCCAACACCCUUGAAAGAGGGAGAAGAACCACCAAAGGAUGAUGGCAAAACUAAAGGGCACUGGAACAUGAGACUGACUAGCUUCCAGAAACUUGUUGCUAUUAAGUGUUUUGCUGAAGAGAAGGUCAUGCUGAGCAUCACAAACUUUGUCCGCCAGAACCUUGGACAGUCCUUUGUUGAAAGUCCAUCUGUUGACCUGGCCACUCUGUAUGAGAACAUGACCAGAGUGACCCCCCUGGUGUUUGUGCUCAGCACUGGUUCUGACCCCAUGGGGGCCUUCUUAAGAUUUGCCAGGGAGAGAGGAUACACUGACAAAAUUCAGGCCAUUUCCCUGGGGCAAGGUCAAGGUCCAGUGGCUGAAAAGUUGAUUGCAGAAUCUAUCAAGAAUGGAGACUGGGUCUUCUUACAGAAUUGUCACUUGGCAGCCUCCUGGAUGUUGUCCCUGGAGAAUAUAGUUAAGGGGCAACAGGAGGCCCCAGAUGAUAUCCACGAGGAUUUCCGCCUGUACCUCAGCUCCAUGCCCUCAAAACACUUCCCUGUCUCUGUGCUGCAGAACAGUGUCAAGGUCACCAAUGAGCCCCCCAAGGGACUUAGGGCGAAUAUCAAGAGAGCAUUUACUGAAAUAACACCACAGUUCUUUGAGGAACACAUUCUUGGUCUUGAAUGGAGGAAGAUUGUGUUUGGAAUAUGCUUCUUCCAUGCCAUUAUCCAAGAGAGGAAGAAAUUUGGUCCCUUGGGUUGGAACAUCAAGUAUGAAUUCAGUGACAGUGAUCGUGAGUGUGCUCUCCUCAAUCUGCAGAUGUUCUGUGCUGAUGGAGAGAUCCCAUGGGACACACUCAUUUAUAUUACUGGAGAGAUCACUUAUGGUGGACGUGUCACAGAUGGCAUUGAUCAAAGAUGUCUGAGAACCGUGCUGAAGAGGUUCUUUGCUCCUGUAUCUCUAGAGAAAGGAUACAAAUAUUCAGAAUCUGGUAUCUACUAUUCUCCUGACGCUGAUUUAUUGAAUGACUACAGACAAUACAUAGAGGAGUUACCCCUGAUUGAUGAACCAGAAAUAUUUGGCAUGCACAUUAAUGCUAAUAUUGCUUUCCAACGUCAAGAAACCAACUCCCUCAUUGGCACAAUUCUGGAUGUUCAGCCCCGUCUUGGUGGAGGCAGUGGUGGCAAGUCUAAUGAUGACAUAGUGUAUGAACUGGCUGAGAGCAUUCUGGGCAAGAUUGUGGAAAAUAUUGAGAUGGAGAAUGCGAGACAAGAUAUGUUUGAUGCUGAUGCAAAGGGACGGUUAAAUUCACUGACCACAGUGCUGACACAAGAGGUGGACAGGUUCAACAAAUUGCUCAAAGUUAUUAAGAAUUCCCUGAGACAGCUACUCAAAGCCAUCAAGGGUUUUGUUGUAAUGAGUGAGGAGUUGGAGCAGAUCUAUAAUGCUUUUCUGAACAACCAAGUGCCCCGUCUGUGGGAGAAUGCUGCCUACCCCUCCCUGAAGCCACUGGGCAGCUGGGUCAAGGAUCUGGUCUUGAGGUGUGAGUUCAUCCAGCACUGGGUCAUCCAUGGUCAGCCCAAGUCAUUCUGGUUGUCAGGAUUCUUUUUCCCUCAAGGUUUCUUGACCGGUACCCUGCAGAACCAUGCCAGGAAGUAUGACCUGCCCAUUGACCACUUGACCUUUGAGUUCAUCACCAUUCCCUUCUUCCGUGACCAAGCUGAUGUCUCAGAGGCCAUGAAAACACUCAAGUUUGGAGAGGAAUUAGAAAUGGAUAAGGAGAUCCCUGCACCAGAAGAUGGUGUCCUUGUCCAUGGGCUGUUUAUGGACGGUUUCCGUUGGAACAUGGAGGAGAUGAGAGUGGAGAGCUCACUGCAGGGUGUGAUGAAUGAGCCACUAGUGAUGCUCCACAUGAAACCCAUGAUGGACUUUGUUCCUGACCCUGCUGAUUACAUAGCACCCCUGUAUAAGACUGGACUAAGAGCUGGAGUUCUUUCCACUACUGGCAUGUCCACCAAUUUUGUGGUAUUUGUUCACUUGCCAUCUGCCGUGCCUCAGGACUACUGGAUUGCCAUGGGAGCAGCAUUGCUGUGUCAGCUCAAUGAAUAGAAAAUAUGUACAUUCCAGCCAAGAUGAGAUCAAGUUAUUGACAAAUAUGGAGAAGAAAGUAUUUUGUGAGAGACAUUUUAUUACAAUGACAUACACUGAUGAAAGUAAAACUUCAGAUUGUUCAGAGAAAUUACACUUACCAGAUCUGAACUUGAGGGCUAUAAGCCAAACAAAGGGAAAAAAAUUAAUGAUCUAUAAGCAACCACAUCUUAUGUAAAUAUGUAUAUAUAUAUAUUCUGCCAUGUCAUAUGUAUUAAGAAAUAUAGUGUACUGGGUUUUUGACAUUUACCAAAAUACACCAAAACACAGGUAUUUUGAGUUGUGAGUUUGAAAAUGUAGCACACACUGACAAUAACAAAUGUAUAUUUUUAGGUUGUGCAUAAUUUAAAACCGUCCAAUGCUGCCAAUGCACUGUUUUACUUGAAUAUUGUGUGUUUACUAUAUUACAUGCAAGAGAACCCGUCCUUUUCUAUACCCUUAUUUCAUUGUCUCUUUUGAGCACCAUAUGUUAUUAUAUUUAAUUCUGUAAACCCUAAGGAUUUGU